CCUCUGGUCGCUGUACAUGUCUAGUGCAUGCAAGUAUGGCCAUGGACAGUAGCUACACAAAGCUCACUGAUAUUCCUGCAGAACAUCAAGCCGAUGAGGUUCUAGAUGUCGGAGAAAGCAAGAGCAGCAAGAAAUUAUUUGUGCAGGGGCGUGGCAGGUUGAUAGUUGGAAUGCUCUGUCUGUUGGUUGGAGUUGGUGUAGGAGUGGGAGCUGGAUAUGCUAUAAGCACACGUCAAAGGGAUAAUCCGUGUGAUGGAUGCAGGUCGAAAUCGUCUGACAAUGUUGAUCAUGUGCAUGCUGCAGGUGUGGAGUCGUUGUCUGCUAGCAGACUAGGGCAGCAGCUGCAAUAUUUGACCAGAUUACCACACCUUGCUGGUAGUGCUAGAAACAAGGCGUUAGCUGACUAUGUCGCAACACAGUGGAAACAAUCUCAUGUAGACAGAGUAGAGAUCAAGUCGUAUUCUGUCUUAUUGUCAUAUCCAAAUACGACACAACCCAAUACUGUGUCUAUAACGACGGCCAAUAAAACAGUUGUUUAUGAAUGUAGCAAAGUUGAGCCACCGCUUACAAACGAUGAGAACACGUCUAAUGUUACACCACCGUUCAAUGCGUAUGCGGCAUCAGGUGUGGCUCAUGGUGAGCUUGUCUAUGUUAAUUACGGUCGAGUGGAAGACUUUCAGACGUUGGAAAAAUGGAAUAUUGAUGUACGAGGGAAGGUGGCUAUUGCAAGGUAUGGGAGGAUCUUUCGUGGUGACAAGGCAAGGAUCGCAGAGCUAGCAGGCAUGUCUGGAUUAAUUUUAUAUUCAGAUCCUGCGGACGUUUCAGGAAAUUCUAUGAACAGUGAAUCAACGUACCCACACACUUGGUGGCUUCCUUCUACUGGGCUACAAAGAGGGACACUUCUUUUGAUGGACGGUGAUCCUCUCACUCCAGGAUAUCCAUCCAUACCAGGUGCAUAUCGAAGGUCACUAGCAGAUGUCAAGAACGAUACACUACCGCACAUUCCUGUUCAGCCGAUAUCGGCCAAAGACGCUGCAAUAUUGAUGAGCGAUCUGUCCGGACAAGUCGUCCCUCGUACAGCCAAUGGAUCCAACUGGCAGGGAGGAUUAGGAUUCGUGUACCACACGGGCCCCGGAUAUGAAGAGAACACGACGAAAAGCAAUCAACACGUUUCCAUGAAAGUGCACAAUACGUUAGAAGUCCAGACUAUUUAUAAUGUCAUUGGCACCAUUGAUGGUUCCGAAGAACCAGAUCGUUAUGUGCUGCUUGGUAACCAUAGAGAUGCAUGGGUGUUUGGAGGUGCAGAUCCCAGCAGCGGAACGGCAUGUCUGAUUGAAAUUGUUCGAGCAUUUGGCACUCUCCUUGCCAGUGGAUGGCGCCCACGAAGAACAAUCAAGUUCCUGAGUUGGGAUGCCGAGGAAUACGGACUAAUUGGAUCAACAGAAUGGGUUGAAGAGAACUCACAGAUUCUAUCCAAGCGAGCCGUUGCAUAUCUCAAUGUUGACAUUGCAGUGCAAGGCAAUUACAGCAUACGAGCCGCCGCCAGUCCACUCCUAUAUCAAACGUUAUACGAAGCAGCAAAACUCGUUCCGUCUCCCACUCACGAUUUCUCGUCUCUGUACGACUUGUGGCUGCAUAGGACGCCGAAAUAUCCAGACAACGACGUUCCAUACAUUGGGAAUUUAGGAUCAGGAAGUGACUACACGGCAUUCCAGCAACACAUUGGGAUAUCAUCAGUAGACAUGCGCUACAACUACGAUUACACCAAGUACCAUAUCUCAUCAUAUCCAACGUAUCAUUCAAUACACGACACUUUCCAGUACAUGACUGAGUUCCUCGAUCCUCAAUUUCAAUGCCACACAACUAUUAGCAAGCUCUGGAUGCAAUCGGCCUUGAUUUUGUCCGAUAGGAUUUCCUUGAUGUUUGAUCUGCGAGACUAUUCGUCGGCUCUCACUCAACAUGUCGACGAAUUGAAAUCGAAAUAUGGCGACGUGUUGCGGGAGAAGGGAAUCAGUCUGGAGCAUCUGUCUCAUGCUGUGUUGAAUUUCUCUGUGAUUGCGUUGGAGUUGUCACAGCGAGCUGAUCCUUGUAGUGAGUUGGGUUGGAGGAUGUUCAAUGAUCAACUGAUGCAGCUUGACCGGAUGUUUAUUGUUCCGUCUGGAUUGCCUGGACGUCCAUUCUUGAGGCACGUGGUAUUUGCCCCAAGUCUUCACAAUUCAUACAGAAGCUCAACGUUUCCUGGAAUCGCUGAUGCUCUGUUUGGCGACAGCCCAAAUUGGGAGCUGGUCAAACAACAAGUUUCCAUUGCCUAUAUGACGAUACGACAAGCAGCAGCUUCCCUGCAGGCAGCGAAUACGUUCUGACAGCUAGUGCAUGGCCACCACACUAUCCUUGCUGUACACAGUAUGCUGUGACUCGAUUUCUGCAGGUAUGGAAGUGUAUUCCAAGAAUUUGUGUAUCCGUUGUGGUAACAGACUGUAUGUAGUUCAUGACUACACUGAAGCCGUUGAUUUGCUAGAAAAAUGUGAAGGAUAUUUGAACGUGUGACUACACUUGGAUGUGAUUGGAUUUUGCUCUUGAAUUCUAUUUGAGAGCAUCCAAAUAUCUGCAUCAAUUCAGACGGACUGAGACAGACAGACGGACAAAUGGACGGAUGACUUGUUAUGUAUUUGUGUAAUCUGUUGUUGCAGUUGUGCAACUGUUACUUUAGUUUCACAUGUAUUAGCUUUGAUGUAUAAAAAUAUAUGAAUA